CUCUCUGUCGAGCCGGCGACUUUCAGAGGAAGUGCUGCUUGUGCUGAAAGGAACGACUAGGAGCGCAACACACAAGGACUCGGCGCGAGUGCGAGUGAGGGCAGCCCGCGCAAAGAGGUGCACCUGUAAUUCACGCUGCUCGCUCGCCGAUGUGCGGAUAGUGUGAGAGCAUCCAGAAGACGUAUUCUACACCACGCGCAGACCCAUGCUUGGGAUUUGGCUUUCUUUUUCUUCGCUAAUGCAAAAGGAAAUAUGCAGCGAAGCCUCACACUGCUCUACACCAGUUUUCUGGGAUUGUGCUUCGGUUCCAGUUUCCCAAGUAAUAUCAACAUAGGAGGGUUAUUCCCAACCGAAUCACACGAAUAUGAAGUGUUUCGGUUUGCGCUCUCGCAUCACCAGGAUAUCCCUAAACUGGUACCUCAAGUGGAUAUGGUCAAAAUGGGGAAUAGCUUCUCCAUGACAUAUGCUUUCUGUUCGCAGUUCUCCAAAGGAGUGUACGCCAUCAUCGGUGUGUAUGACAGGAAGACCGUCAACAUGUUGAUGUCAUUCUGCGGUGCGCUACACGUCUGCUUCGUGACGCCCAGCUUCCCCAUGGAAAACUCCAACCAGUUUGUUAUCCAGCUGAGACCCGAACUGCAGGACGCCCUGGUGGGCUUAAUCGAACACUACAAGUGGUCUAGGUUCGUCUACAUGUACAGCUCGGACUCUGGACUGUCGGUUCUGCAGAAGGUUCUGGACACAGCAGCAGAGCAUAACUGGCUGGUGACCUCUGUGAAUGUGGAGACAAUGACAGAAGCGUCCUUCCUCAAAGUGUUCCAGGACCUGGACAAAAAGAAGGAGGGUCAGAUCAUCAUCGACUGUGAGCUGGAGAGACUCACCUCCAUCCUGAAGAAGAUCAUUGAGCUGGGGAAGAAUGUGAAGAGCUACCACUACAUCCUAGCAAACCUGGGAUUUCUGGACAUCGACCUGACCGAGUUUAAGAAGGGUGAGGCAAAUGUAACAGGGUUCCAACUGGUGAACUAUGCAGACCCUAACAUCAGUAGGAUAGUGCAGCAGUGGAUGGACUUUGACAACAAAGACGCCAAAAUUCCCAAGCGCAGACUGAAGUAUACUGGAGCUCUCACAUAUGAUGGAGUCAAAGUCAUGUCCACAGCCUUCCAGAACCUCCGCAGGCAGAGGAUAGAUAUAUCUCGCCGUGGAAAUGCUGGAGAAUGUCUGGCCAACCCACCAGCACCUUGGGGCCAAGGCAUCGAUAUUCAGAGAGCACUUCAGCAGGUUCGGAUUGAAGGCCUAACGGGGCACAUUCAGUUUAACGAGAAAGGAAGAAGGACAAACUAUACUGUCAGUGUGAUGGAGCUCAGGCCGACGGGACCGAAAAAAGUGGGUUACUGGAAUGAGGAUGAGAAAUUUGUGAGCACGGCGGCCUACAUGCCAGGCAGUAAUGACACUUAUGGACUUCAGAAUCGCACAUAUAUUGUUACCACUAUUCUGGAAUCGCCAUAUGUCAUGCUGAAGAAGAACCACGAGCAUUUUACAGGAAAUGAUAAGUAUGAAGGUUACUGUGUGGAACUGGCAGCUGAGAUAGCCAAACACGUGGGAUACCACUACAUACUCAAGAUAGUGGCUGAUGGGAAAUAUGGAGCCAGAGAUCCUGAGACCAUGAUGUGGAAUGGGAUGGUGGGAGAGCUUGUCUAUGGUAAAGCUGACGUAGCUGUGGCCCCACUGACAAUCACCCUGGUCAGGGAGGAAGUCAUUGAUUUCUCCAAGCCCUUCAUGAGCCUUGGCAUCUCCAUCAUGAUCAAAAAGCCUACCAAGUCCAAGCCUGGUGUGUUCUCCUUCCUGGACCCUCUGGCCUAUGAGAUCUGGAUGUGUAUUGUGUUUGCCUAUAUUGGUGUGAGCGUGGUGCUUUUCCUAGUCAGCCGCUUCAGUCCCUACGAGUGGCACGCAGAGGACUGCGAGGAAGGAGCUGAGCAGAACCCUAACCAGCCCUCCUCGUCAUCCGCGCAGCCGGGUCAGGGCCAGCAGACCCAGAACCAACAGAGUCAGGAGCAGACCAACGAGUUUGGCAUCUUCAACAGUCUCUGGUUCUCAUUGGGAGCUUUCAUGCAGCAGGGCUGUGAUAUUUCCCCCAGGUCACUCUCUGGCCGUAUCGUUGGUGGUGUGUGGUGGUUCUUCACUCUGAUCAUCAUCUCCUCAUACACAGCCAACCUAGCUGCUUUUCUCACAGUGGAGAGGAUGGUGUCACCCAUCGAGAGUGCAGAGGAUCUGGCCAAACAGACUGAGAUUGCUUAUGGGACUCUAGAUGCCGGCUCCACCAAAGAGUUCUUCAGGAGGUCAAAGAUUGCAGUCUUUGAGAAGAUGUGGUCCUAUAUGAAGUCUGCAGACCCCUCAGUGUUUGUGAAAACCACAGAUGAAGGAGUUAUACGAGUGAGGAAAUCCAAAGGGAAGUACGCCUACCUGCUGGAGUCCACCAUGAACGAGUACAUCGAGCAGCGCAAACCCUGUGACACUAUGAAGGUUGGAGGAAACCUGGACUCCAAAGGCUAUGGCAUCGCCACCCCCAAAGGAUCUCCUCUCAGAAACCCAGUAAACCUGGCAGUGUUAAAACUGAAUGAACAAGGCCUGUUGGACAAAUUGAAAAACAAAUGGUGGUACGACAAGGGAGAGUGUGGCAGCGGAGGAGGUGAUUCCAAGGUCAGCCCCAAUGUGACAAACCCAGCGGGUAAAACCACCACUACCAUGGGGGGGUAACCGGCAACUCAAGCCGA